CGAACAGGUGAAAAAUCUUGCAUCAAUACAGGUCUGACCAGAGAAUCGGUUGCAUCUCUAGCUAUAAAUAAGUUCAUCUCCAGGCUAUUACACUUCAGUGUUUUCACAGAGAGGAUGUACUUGGUGUUGAAGUGUUCACUAUCAUCCGGCGUACUCGUUCAAGUUGUAUUGUUAGUGACCAGUUUCUCAAUCAGCACAUGCAAUCCAGUCGAUUCUUCUUCUAAUUAUCAUCGUGUCAGAGCAGGAUGCAUGCUGCUAACGAACCAGGACUGGGGCCAGCAUCAAAGUUUGAUUCUGAAUUCAAACAUGACAAAAAUAGUCUACCCGGAGACUGAAGACUCUGUUCUGCUCUACCCAUGCGAGGACAUCGUGCUAGCCUGUCCGGGAAGCAAACUCAAACUGACCGAAGAACAAGUGAUGCAUGCAAAAUGUGAACGAGGAACGCAAAUCUCAGCCGAUCACCACGGUUCACCCUUCGAUUUUCAAACAGCAUCCUGUGAAAAACUACCGCGAACCACCGCAAUGACCACGGGGCGCUGUGGAAACGAGGGGCAAAUGAAUCACAUCCAGAUAGGGUUCCAAGUCAAACAGAAUUUCAUCAGUUUGAUUGAUAUUUGUUUCGAUGAAACCGUAUUGACGGCUAAUUACUCGCUGUAUCAAGCCAGCUACAGAAUCGCUGGUAGGCAAGUCGGAUUUCCCAGGAUGAAUUUCAUCGCCGGAAAAUUCUACGGCGACAUUGAAAUUUGGAAACUAUACUCGAGAAAGAAACAACGAGAAACGUUAGCCAAGAUUCUGGGAUCGGAAAAUUUAGCUAGUACUUACAUUAAAGAUGACAAAAACUACUAUCUAGCAAGAGGACAUUUAACAGCCAAAGCUGACUUUGUCUAUGGAGCUGAACAGAUGGCUACAUUCUACUACAUCAAUGUGGCGCCUCAAUGGCAAAUCAUCAACGCUGGAAAUUGGGCUGCACUUGAAGAUAAUGUUCGCAACUACAUCAUCAACAAUAAACUGGAAGUUCUCAUCUACACCAUCCCUCACGGUGUAGCCGUAUUACCUGAUGCAGAUGGAAUCUACCAGCCUCUCUACCUCUACUUUGAUGAAAACAACAAUGGCUUGAUUCCCGUUCCCAAACUCUACAUUAAAGCAGUUGUUAAUCCAGCUACUAAAACAGGUGUGGCUUUUGUUACAGUAAAUAACCCCUAUGUCACCCUGGAAGAAAUCCAGGAAGAAAACUACGUGAUCUGUGAUGAUAUCUGUGAUGAGUUGGACUGGUUAACAUGGAAUCCAACCAAUAUUAAAAAAGGAUACUCCUAUUGCUGUGAUAUAAAAGACUUGGCAAAGUCGUUAGACUUUAUGCCAAAAAUUGAUGUCGAUGAUAUUCUACGAUGAUGUUUGUGAAUAAAUUGGAAAUUCUUAUUGUCUCGUA